AUGGUGAAGUCUGCGGCCGAAUCAUGCUAUGGGGAGUGGUUGAGAUCGGGUCCGCUGGAAAGACUUAGGCUUAGACCAACCCUGGAUGCCAAUGCAAGUCUCUGGCCUCGAACUGAACGCAGAGCUGUGGCGAUGUUGCUACAGGCCAUUCCUAGUGCUAUUCGAGAUGACCUGGUGUCGUCAAGAAGGAUGACUUCAGAACAGAUCAUCUUCAAAUUGAUGGUCGUUUACCAGCCUGGUGGGGCAGGUGAGCGCACCAAACUCCUUCAGGCCAUCACUGGUGGUAUGUUUGGAGAAACCAUGACUGAAGUGUUGGAAGGUAUCCGACACUGGAGAAGAAAUGUGAACCGAGCCUCUGAAUUGGGGGUGACUCUGCCUGAUGCGUUGGUUUUGGUUGGAGCUCUGCAGCGGGCUUCGGACUUUUUGAGCCAGAAAUCACCACAGGUGGCAUAUCGUUUGAACAUGAUACGCCAACAACUCAAUGUGGAUCACCAACCCACAAAGGACACGGUCAUGUCGUACUCAGAACACCUCCAAGCGGAGGCCGAAGAGUUGAAUGUGAAUUCUCAAGGCCUGGGACUGGGCCAACCUACCUCCAAGAGUGGGGGCGGGAAGGUCAACGUUAAGUCGUUGAAUGGACCAAGCCCGGGCGCUCCAGCAAACAAAGCUCAGCAUGAUGGUGCUGACCAAGGCGACAAGGCUGGGAAACCAGCUGGGGGGUCAGGCAUCACAGCGGCUAAUGCGGGAUCAGUUACGUCGUCAAUGGCGUGCAAAUUUUGGGGCACUGAGAACGGCUGCCGCAAGGCGGACCAAUGUCGGUAUGUUCACUCGGUCUUGAAUCCGAAGGACAACCGCUGUUUCAAGUGUUCCGCUGUGGGGCAUUCUAAGAAGGAUUGCCCGGUGGGGAAAAAGAAGAUUGCCAAGACAAAGGUGGAAAAGGAUCAUGCCAGUAGUUCUGCAUCCGCUGCCAAGGGCGGUGCGGAAACUGCAGUGAAGGCUGAGCCCAGUCGUCACACCACGUACCGUGAAGAAGGUACUCCGACUAAACCGUUGGAAGACAAGGAGGGUGUGGACGAUAUGGUGCAGGAUUGCAAAUCCGUUUUGAAGGUGAUCGUGCCGGUCAUGAAGACCAUCUGUGCCAAGGGGGCUUUGUGUAAGGCUGCCAGCGAGAUGAUUGAGACCGGUCUCCUGGAUGGUGGGGCUACCAACCCGUUGAGAAAGGGGUCCAAGGAAGAGAUCGAAGCGGCAACAUUGGUUGACGUGGAGCUGGCAACUGGAUCUGUCCAGUUGUACCAGAAUAUGUCUACCGGAGUGCUGCUUUCGCCCACCGAAGUGGAACCGAUCGUUCCGCUACGGGGUGUUGUGGCGUUGGGCUACAAAAUCCGAUGGGAUUCGCGGGGGCAGUCUGCUCGAGAGUGGCAGAAGGGAUGGCCUCCUGGAAUCGAAAUACUCACGGUCGACACGGCCGACAGUGAUCAACAGAAUCUUCACCGACCAGAGGUUUGGGCCUUUCUCGCACAUGUGGUGCGAACACACCCAAUCGUGGCAAUCAUUGGCGGCCCGCCAUGUCGGACAGUGAAUGGCUUACGAGCACUUCAGCCCGGACCGCAACCACUGAGAGAUCGGUGUGAGCACAGGUUCGGGCUCCCAGGGCUGAGUGACCAAGAACAACACAAGGUGGAUGGAGACAGUGCUCUUCUGCUAAAACAGGUUGGGUUACACCGGCUGGCCGAGGAAUCCAAAACGGAUGACAAUCCGAGGGUGGGAUUCUUUUUGGAGUCGCCGGAAGACCCUGCCAUGUGGGCAAAUGAAGCGAAUUCUCCAACCUUUUGGGUAUGGCCGGAAGUCACUCAACUCCUAGAACAACCUGACAUGCGGUUGAUAUCGUUUGAUCAGGGUCGGUACGGACAUGAGAGGGUGAAACCAACCUCUUGCCUGUCCAAUCUUCCGCUUUUGGAGGACCUGGAUCAAGCGCGCUGUGAAAGACCGCAGGGAAAGGUCUUGCAUCCAGAAAUUCCAGAGAGGGUCAAACAGACCGAUGAUUGGUCUGCAUGGGCCCCAGGACUCAAACACGCCCUGAGGGUGUCUCUGAAUCUGUUGAUCCAUCAAUGUGGAUUAGCGGAUCACCAACCUCCGCUCCAAGAGCCGCCCACGGAAGUGGUGGAAGCGCCAGAUUGGGGGGAGGGUUUGGAGGAAUCUGAGUUCCCAUUGGAGGGAGAAGAAGAAUCUGGGUCACCAGAGCUCGGCGACGAAGUUGCGAAGGCGUCCCCUGAUCCAGCCAAUGCUCCGGGGGCUGACCCUGAAAAUGGGGGGGAGGCAUCCCCUGAGAAGACAGGUGACUGGGUUGAUGAGGAGAUCAGCAAGUGCAGCCGACCUCUGAAACUCAAACAUGUGACCAUGGUAGAACCGGUUCAGUCGCGAUCUACCACCGUAGUGCUCAACGCGCUAUCACAAUUGGUGGUUCGUAUGAAGUCAUAUGGCAUCAAUGUGAAUCGUCUCCACUCCGAUCGUGCCAAAGAACUGAUUGGUAGGCAAACAGCUGCCUGGUGUGCAAAAAAUGGUCUCAGACAUACCUUUGGUGGUGGCGAUGACCCCGCCAAUAAUGGUCAUGUCGAAGCGGAAAUCAACCAACUGAAACGCAGAACCAGGCUUUACCUGCGGAAUGCUGGGUUUACAAACGAUGAGUGGCCCACCGCUCUCCGGUACUCAGCCGAAGAGAGAAUGAGGGUUCAAUUGAGUGCCCUGGGCGUUACCAUGAUGCCCAUGCUUCCGUAUGGUGCCUCUGUGGUUGUGAAAAGGAAACGAUGGCAUUCCCCUGGAGUACUUGCUCCUCCGUAUGUCAAUGCCACGCUUCUGACUGCUAGCCCCAAUAUGAGUCAAGGUUGGGUCGUGCGGUCGGAAGCUGGGCAGGUGCUCCAUGUAAGAGAGGCCAUUUUGCCUGCAUCCCUGGGAGAGCAGGUUGCCAUGGAACUGCGGGAAGAAUCGGCUGAUUUUCCGCAACUGGAAGAACGAGAUGACAAUGGAGCGGUAGCGGAACCCUCACGACGAAGGCUCGUGGGCAAACAGCCGCCGUCCAGGCGGUCAGGGAUCGCUUUGCCAGACCGCGAAGCUUAUGGUCCUGUUCAACAGUUUGUUGUAGACUCAACCGUCAACAGGGAUGACUUUGAACAAACGGGGGAGGCACCAGCGCAAUUAGGCUUCUUACCAGCCGAGUUGCCAGCGGAUGCGCCUUACUCUCCUAGUUUGGGCCCUGAAGACACUGCAGCCCUCGAGCUCCCGGAGGUUGCCUCUGGGGGGAGGGUCUCGGCACUCGAGCUUCCGGAGGUUGCCUCCGGGGGGGAGUCUCUUUCGGCGCUGAAUGUGCCUGACUUGGAAAAAAUUAUAGUGAGAAAAAUCCGCAAGGAGGAAGCGGAAGGGGCUCUGUUGGGAAGCCACAAUCGGCUUCUGAUGGGUUUGAGUGAAGCAUUGAGACGGGUCCCAACGAGUGAACAGGAGGGACUGGAAUACGGAAAACAGCUCCGUUACAUGCUUCAAGAUCGCCUGGAGCUGGAAGAAAUGCUCCAAGUGUUGUCAAAACUGCAAAAGGCGGACAUGAUUCGACUGUGCGGACUGAGAACGGAGGGGAUCCCGAAGAAUGGUGAAGGGGAUCAAGAAGAAGUUCUUCAGUCCACCACAGUGGCACUGGAAGAAGUCAGAAGGGAUUUGGCCGCUUGGACUCCUGCAAUGCAGGGGGAAUACAAUAGCCUUGUGAAGGAGACUCAAGCCAUCGAGCCGGUGUCGGUUUGCGACCUGGAAGAUGAGCAGGUUGAGUACGUCCCAGGAAAACUGGUGUGCGUACGCAAGGCGGGGAAAAAUGGUGGACGGAAAAAGUGCAGAGCAGUGAUCUGUGGAAACCUGCUGGACAGUGCCUGGGAUCCAGCGCCCAGUGGAGCAUACGCUUCAGGGGCGGAUGGAACAAUGAUCCGAGCUGUGAUCAACCAUGGAGUCCAACGAAACUGGGGGGCAUCUGUCACAGAUAUACGCACAGCAUUUCUGCUCGCACCACGUCCAAAGCCUGAAGGUGGACGAGAGGUCAUAGUCGUACCGCCAAAGGUGAUGAUACAAGCGGGAGUAAUCCCGGCCACCGAAAGGUGGAGAGUGCACAAAGCACUUUACGGGUUCACCUCGAGCCCGGCGCAUUGGUCAGCGCACAGAGAUCGAACGAUGAAAACCUUUCAAUGGCUGGAAGAUGAAUGCAGGUUUUACCUUCGCCCGACGGAGGAAGCAAAUCUCUGGAAGAUUUGGAAGGUUAAGGCCGCGGAAGAAGGCCGUGAAGAAGUGGGUCAAGGAAUCUUGGAGUACUUGGCUGGAACUCCUGACUUGGGAUUGAUGUACGAAGGAAGGCAGGGCGACAGGGGGCCGGAAGGCAACUUGCCGAUCCCUAGGAACACUGAGGUCGGUGACCGAGAGCCUGAGAACCAAGACUUCUCGCCUGAUGUGGUCGGUGGUGCCGAGUUGGAAUGGCGCGAGACGGAGACCGCUGACGAGCUCAAGGUGAAGGCCGCUACGGUAGUUUCUUCCUUGAAAAAAUGGGCCAAAGUACCCAUCGUAGGUGAGGUGACCGAAAAGGUCAAGGCUUUUGUAGCUGUGGUUUUCACUUUGGUGGUGAUGUCAUUGGUUGUACGGCUGAAGAGAUUGGAGAAUCCGGACUGGCCAGGGUUAAGUCAGCAGUCUUUAGACGACCUUUCUUCAAUCUUGGAAGCUCUAGGUACCUUGGAUGAGAUGAUCAACGAGGAAAAACAAACAAGAGCCAUUGGCCGACAAGACUUUCAAGAGGGCUGCCCCGGGUCGUUCAGAGCUUGCGCAUUGCGUUUGCGCGACGCCAUGGCAAGCACGACUGGUGAUGGAGCUGGAGGAGAUGAACCUGACGAAGACCGGCCGGACAAGUCCUGGGUGAAGGGCGACUAUGAGCCGGAGCCUUCGAAGAAGAAAAAGAAGAAGAAGGGCAAAGGGCACCGACAUGAAGGUGAAGGGGAAACUGCGGAGGAUCAGUUGGAGUCCUUCAAGAGAGCCAAAAAGGAGGAGCCAACCCCCGUCGCAGUACCUGCUGAGACCCGCUCCGAACCUUCAGCAGACACCGAAGAUGACUGGGGAAAGUGGAGAGGAAAUAGAGGGGACCGAGAGCCAACUGAAGCGCCUGAAGCUCCGGAAGCUGCUCCAGGAACGCCAGUGGUGAUCUUGGGAGAAGCGGUGCCUACCACACCACCGCUAUACCCCUUGGUUGAUGCUGCUGAACAUGGUAGCUUCAGGCCCCCGGAACCAAAGAAUCCGCCGAGGACUUCUUCAACGGCGGGCUCUACGGCAACAGCUGCUGGGCCGACAACAGAUGUUGGACCGACUACGGAUGCUGGCCCGACAACAGAUGUUGGACCGACUACGGACGCUGGGCCGACAACAGAUGACGGACCUUCAAGCUCCAGAAGCUCGAUGAAUCUUCCUGGGCAUUUGGUGUCCUACUCCGUGCGAGGUUUUGGCAGAAGGACUGUGGAAUGGGGGUACUACACUCCUGAGGGUGAGCCAAUGGUGAUUGUGCCAUCUUCACCGGAUCGGUCCGAAGAGCACGAAGAGUGGACGGGAGGCCCAGCUGGGUCCGCAGAAGAGCCUGAGGAGGAAGUGCCGCCGGAAGAUCCUUCGGAGAAGGAACAAUCGGAAGAUCGAUCUGACAAGGAUCGUGAGAAAAAGGAGAAGAAAAAGAAAAGGGAGGAGGAGAUUGAGAGGUUGCCGGUCAUCGAAAGGGGACCGCGUGAUCCACCACCAGAUCCUCCUGCACCUGCCUUGAAGCUGGCCGCGCUGAGGAUGCCGUGCAGCACUGGCCGAGAUGAAGGUCAUGGUCGACGUCAGCAGGGAGAAGAAGGCCAAGCCGAUGAAGGGGAACCCUGGGAACGUGCUGAGUUCCAACAGCCGCCCUCGGGAAAGAAGGAUGGAUGGACGCCACAGCUGAAGGGCUGGGUGAUGAGAAAACAUGGAACCAUGCGAGAGCGAAGGUUCCACCCGCUGCACCGUGGUGUUCCGUUCGACCCCAACUGCUUGGAAGCGCUGCGGGUGACCGUAGCCUUUGGACAGGAUGGUCAAAGAACUGUCCACCGAGAUCGAUGGUCGGAUGGACCUAAGGAUCUCUUUCCCACCAAGGAGUCUUGGAGGGGCUUCACGUUCUUCAAGCUGAAGAACCUGGAGGGAAACCAGGACGGUAUCGGACAGGUACCUCGCUACCAUGCGGGGGAAGAUGGUCCUUUACCGUAUGUGCCAACUCAGGAACCUUUUGGGCCUACAACGACUUCGAGCUCUACCUCGAAUGCUGCGGCGGAACCUUCGAGCUCUACCUCGAAUGCUGCUGUGGAACCUUCGAGCUCUACGGCUGCGGCUGCUGCUUCUGGCGCUGUUCUGCGCUGGGGCUACCGCCGAGGAGGCGCUGCUGAGAGGGGCCGAGUAGUUGUACAGGCUGGUUCUCAGACCCCGCGACCUCCCGCCAAUGCCGAAGAAACUAGCGGCGAGUGGAGCGUCAUAGAGGAGGUCUGA